AUGUCUCAACAACCACAGCAUCCUCCUGACCAUUCGCAAUAUCCUCCCCAGUAUGGACAAGCAUCAGGCCCUCUGCCCCCUCCUACUGGAUACAACUUCCAGCAUGUCAAGAUUAUGGACGACUCGAUCCGCAUAGGUCCAACGAACGAGAUUCUCUACGGGAUCACACGCCCCGAUACCAAAUUCCACUUCUCCUCGUCCGAGGCACCUGCUAUACAGAUCGGAAACUCUCAAACAGGACUCCUCUUAGGCACGAUUCGCACCCACAAGAUGUCACAAGACGUGGAAGUCACCAUCCACGAUCGAGCGACUGUGAUCAAAAGAGACCCUUGGGGCGAAUCGAAGUGGUCGUACACGUCUGUCUUUAGUCCCAGUGGGACGAGUUGA